AUCAAAACCAAAGUUGCCUAAAAACUCAAGAUUAUUGCUUAAAAAAGGUGAUGUUACACAAAACCUCAACCAUGAAAUCAAACACUAUUAUUAGAAACACACUCCAACUUGGUACCUCACAAAACUAAACUCAUUAAUUACAAAGGACACAUAAAAAUAAAAAUAAAAAUAAAAAACAAGAAGAGAAACAAUGUCAGAAUAUGUUUUUGUUUUCUAAAAAUAAAAAUCUCUCUUCUUCUAUUGAACAUAUAGAUCUAGCUUAACAUUACUCAAAAGGAUCCUCUGCCAUAAAGCUACAAAACAAUCCUUCUUUUUUAUCUCAUUGUUUUCUUUUGGUCACAGAGAUCACAGACCAACUCUGCCAUAUGCAAAUUCUUAUGUGCUUUUCCAGCUAAAUUUGUUUCUAAAAUAUGGCACAUCACUGAAGUCCAAAAAUUCACAUUAGACUCAAAUUCAAGGUACAAAGUGCAUAAUUUUGUUUCACUUUUCCAAGGCUAUAUAUCUAUAUAUAGUGGAAGGAAAAUCAUAUACUCAUUAAAUCAAGGAAGGUUUUUUUUUUUUUAUGUGAAACAUAAGAUAAGAUUUAAUAAUAAUUAAAAAAUAAUAAAAGGGUUGGAGAAAAGAUGGUGAGAUCUUGCUGGAAACCAGCUGUAGAUGGUGAUGAUGGAGAUGGGAGUGGAAGUGGAAGUGGUGGAGGUGGUGGGAGAGUUGAUGGAUUGUUAUGGUACAAAGAUUUAGGGAACCAUAUUUAUGGUGAAUUUUCAAUGGCUGUGAUUCAAGCUAAUAGUUCAUUGGAAGAUAGAGGUGAACUUGUUUCUGGACCUUUGAGUUCUAAUCAUUUGGGUCCUCAAGGGACUUUUAUUGGUGUUUAUGAUGGUCAUGGUGGAGAUGAGGCUUCUCAAUUUGUUAGUGAUAAUCUAUUCUGCAAUCUCAAAAGGCUUGCAGCUGAACAUCAAGGGUUGUCAGAAAAUGUUAUCAAAAGGGCAUUUUUGGCAACAGAGGAGAGUUUUCUAUCUCUUGUGAAGAAACAGUGGCUAAGAAAGCCACAUAUUGCAUCAGCAGGUACAUGUUGUUUGGUUGGGAUAAUUAGCAAUGGUAUGGUAUAUAUUGCAAAUUCUGGAGACUCAAGGGUGGUUUUAGGAAGACUAGAAAGGGCAACAAGGGAAAUAUCAGCUAUACAAUUAUCUACAGAACAUAAUGUUAACCUUGAAAGAGUUAGAGAUGAACUUAGAUCAAAGCACCCUUAUGAUUCACAAAUUGUUGUUAUGAGACACAAUGUUUGGCGUGUGAAAGGCCUCAUACAGGUUUCGCGAUCGAUCGGUGAUGCAUAUCUGAAGAAAGCAGAAUUCAAUAGGGAGCCUCUAGCAUCAAAGUUCAGACUACCUGAAACAUUCUUCAAACCAAUUCUUAGUUGUGAGCCAUCUGUUUCAUCACACAAACUACAUACUGAUGACCAUUUUCUCAUAUUUGCUUCUGAUGGAUUAUGGGAGCAUCUUAGCAACCAAGAGGCUGUUAGCAUAGUGAGCAAUAAUCCACCAAAUGGAAUUGCAAGAAGACUUGUGAAAGCAGCACUAAGAGAAGCAGCUAAGAAAAGAGAGAUGAGACUAGCAGACUUACAAAAGAUUGAACAAGGGACAAGGAGACACUUUCAUGAUGACAUAACAGUGAUUGUUGUGUUUCUAAAUCACAAACUUAUUGAUAAUAAUAAUAAUAAUAGCUCUCUUUGGGGCUCUCUUCUUUCAAUCAAGGGUGGUGGUUCUGCAAAUCACUAGGUUGAUCAUCAUCAUGCAAACAUAACAACAAUUUAUAUUUGUAGAUUUAAAUUAAGCAAUUAUUAGCUAUAGCCAAUCAAAGUUUAGAUAAUUGUCAUUAUCAUCAUCCUACCUUGUUAUGUCCAGUUUAUGAUCUGAUUAAAAAUGAACAUAUACUUUUGUACAGAUGCAAUGUCUCUUGAAAAAGCUUAUAUAUGACUUUUUCUUUGGCACAA